AAAUUGCUUUUGAUAAUGAAGUAGAAAUAGGAACAUAGGUUUGCAUCACAGUUUUCUCUGCUAAACAUUCAAGUCAGCUAGGGAGAAUUCGUAACACUGAAGAAAAAUCUCUCCUUCAUUCAGGCAGCAUAAGGAAGUUUUAUUCUGUUUCAGCAUGUGUGUUAAAUUGUUGCAAUUAUUAUUCACACUGAACACAAGGAAGGUCCAUACUCCAUUUCAUUGUGCCCAUCUUCAGCAAAGCAAACCCACCUUCCUUGGCCAGCUCUGCGCCUCUGUGCAGCUUUCUUUCCAGCUCUUACUAGCUGCCUUCCUUCUAACCAGAACUGAUGAAUGUUUUUAGAGAAAAAGGAUUGCAAACAAGCAAAAUAGCACAAAGCCAGUGGACAGACCUAGUGAUAGGAAGCUUACGGGGUGAUUAAAGAGAAGUAUCCCAAUUUCACCCCCAAGUGGUUUGUGUCAGCGAUGAAAGCUAGCACUACAAGACUUUUGCAGCAGCACCACCACCAGCGCCGGUUGGUGCUAUCUGCGCUCCUCACACUGUCCCCCCGUCCCCUCCGCAGUGUGCAUCUCGACCUCCAGCCUGGAGAUGGACCCACCGUGGCCACUGUGCUGCCGCCCUUCCUCUGACUGCCCAGUCUUUCCUCAGACCUGCACCCCUCUACUGCACGACCUCCAAGGAAACCCACAGCCCGGGGGUCCCCUCCUGGCCUGUGCCCCUCCACCCUCGCCCGAAGGCCCCUCGCAGCCCACGCGUGAGGCACAUGGGCCCGGGACUGCAAGUAGGCCCCGGCGGCGCCGACAGGCAGGCGGGCGGGCUGCUAGGUGGGGGGCGUCUCCUUCCUCCUCCGCCCCUUCCCGCCGCCGCCGCCUCUGCCCUCCUCCCCCCCCGCCUCCGGCUCAGGAGAUGCUGCUGCAGGCGGUGGGGGGGAGGGGGCUCCUCCCUGCGUCAGGAGGUGCGGCUCCCCCGGCCCGCCACCGCCCUCCCCCUUCCUCUCCCCCUGACGCUUUUAUGUCCGUCUUUAAACGCUGCCGCCGCAGCCAGGGUUGGGUACAUGUGCGCGCCGUCGCCGUCUGUCCGCCGCUGAGCUCCGCUCGCUGCCUCGCGCCCGCGGGGGCACCCGGCUCCUUCCCGCUGCCGGCGGGCGGAGGAGAUACUUUCAGUAGGACAAACAUUCUGAUACAGAAGUCCUUAUUUUUGAUUCCCUGCUAUCAAGGACUCAGGCAGCAUCUUUAUUCUACUUCUUCAAUUUUUUUUUGCCAAGCAGAGGGAGAGCUUUCUUCAGCACUUCUCCAUCUGUCCAAACUGAACUUGACUUCUGUAUUUUUCUCAUAUUACAAAUGCCUAAAAACAGCAAGGUAGUGAAAAGAGACCUAGAUGAUGAGGUCAUUGAGUCAGUUAAGGACCUUCUUUCUAAUGAAGACUCUUCAGAUGAUGCCUUUAAGAAGAGUGAGCUGAUGGUUGAUGAUCAGGAAGAAAAAGAUGUGGAUGUUGAAGAAGGCUCAGAUGUGGAAGAUGAAAGACCUGCUUGGAAUAGCAAACUCCAAUACAUUCUGGCACAAGUUGGAUUUUCUGUAGGAUUAGGGAAUGUGUGGCGAUUCCCGUAUCUGUGUCAGAAAAAUGGUGGAGGUGCCUAUCUUGUGCCAUAUUUAAUCUUGCUACUGAUCAUAGGGAUUCCGCUCUUUUUCUUGGAGCUUUCUGUGGGGCAGAGAAUCCGCCGAGGGAGUAUCGGUGUAUGGAAUUAUAUCAGCCCUAAACUUGGAGGAAUUGGGUUUGCAAGUUGUGUAGUAUGUUUCUUUGUGGCUCUGUACUACAAUGUCAUUAUUGGAUGGAGUCUGUUUUACUUUUCCCAGUCUUUUCAGCAUCCAUUACCAUGGGACCAGUGUCCUCUAGUUAAAAAUGCAUCCCAUACAUUUGUGGAGCCAGAGUGUGAAAAGAGUUCUGCGACGACCUAUUACUGGUACAGAGAAGCACUGAAUAUUUCCAGCUCUCUGUCAGAGAGUGGGGGUUUAAACUGGAAGAUGACUGUCUGCCUGCUUGCUGCCUGGGUCAUGGUAUGCCUAGCCAUGAUCAAAGGCAUUCAGUCUUCUGGCAAAAUCAUGUACUUUAGUUCACUUUUCCCUUAUGUGGUACUCUUGUGCUUUCUAGUCAGAGGACUUCUCCUCAAUGGAUCAUUGGAUGGAAUUCGUCACAUGUUCACACCUAAGCUUGAAAUAAUGCUGGAGCCCAAGGUCUGGAGAGAAGCUGCUACUCAGGUGUUCUUUGCCUUAGGGCUUGGAUUUGGUGGAGUCAUUGCCUUUUCAAGCUACAACAAGAGAGACAACAACUGCCAUUUUGAUGCUGUACUGGUGUCCUUCAUCAAUUUUUUCACUUCUGUGCUGGCAACCUUGGUGGUGUUUGCAGUUCUGGGCUUCAAAGCCAAUAUCAUAAAUGAGAAAUGUGUUAUCCAAAAUUCAGAGAAGAUUUUAAAACUUUUGAAAACAGGAAAUCUGAGCCAAGAUAUGAUCCCACAUCAUAUCAAUUUCUCAAGCAUUACAGCAGAAGAUUACAAUUUAGUUUAUGAUAUUAUUCAGAAAGUUAAAGAAGAAGAGUUUGAUUCUCUUGGCUUGAAAUCUUGUCAAAUUGAAGAUGAGCUUGACAAGGCUGUUCAAGGAACUGGUUUAGCUUUUAUUGCCUUUACAGAAGCAAUGACCCACUUUCCUGCUUCUCCCUUCUGGUCAGUCAUGUUCUUCCUUAUGUUGGUAAAUUUGGGACUUGGGAGCAUGUUUGGAACCAUUGAAGGCAUCAUCACACCCAUUGUUGAUACUUUCAAAAUUAGGAAAGAAAUUCUUACUGUCAUCUGCUGCUUGGUAGCAUUUUUUAUUGGCCUGAUCUUUGUGCAGCGCUCUGGAAAUUAUUUUGUCACGAUGUUUGAUGACUACUCAGCUACUCUGCCCCUGCUUAUUGUGGUCAUUUUGGAGAACAUUGCAGUUACUCGAAUUUAUGGAAUAGAAAAAUUCAUGGAGGAUCUGAAAGAUAUGCUUGGAUUUUCUCCAAGCCAGUAUUAUUACUACAUGUGGAAGUAUGUUUCACCUUUAGUAUUGUUAUGUUUGCUGGUAGCUAGUAUUGUCCAAAUGGGAUUAAGUCCUCCAGGCUACAAUGCAUGGAUUGAAGAUACGGCUACAGAAGAGUUCCACAGCUACCCAACAUGGGGAAUGAUUGUCUGUAUAUCUCUGAUGGUAUUGGCCAUACUGCCAGUCCCAAUAGUCUUAAUAGUGCGCCGCUGCAACCUUAUUGAUGACAGCUCUGGUAGCUUGGCAUCUGUAUCCUACAAAAGAGGCCGGAUAAUAAAGGAACCUGUUAAUCUGGAGGGAGAUAAUACAAGCCUAAUUCAUGGAAAGAGUCCAAGUGAAGUGCCAUCUCCAAAUUUUGGGAAAAACAUAUAUCGAAAACAGUCUGGAUCACCAACUCUGGACACUGCUCCAAAUGGGCGCUACGGUAUUGGAUACCUAAUGGCAGAUAUGCCUGAUAUGCCAGAAUCUGACUUGUAAUUGCAGAAAAAAAUGUUCUCUGUUUCUCCUCUUGUUGAUCAUGGCUCCCCUAAAAGAGGUGGUAUAUUCACACACUAGGGUGCGAUCUCAGGUGCUCCAUAGUGGCAGUCUUGAAAAUGUUAUGACUGUCUCUACAGGUUGAGAAAACUCCCUUUGGAUUAAUGCUCUGAGUUUCAUUUGCACUGAAGAGAAGAAAUGAAAAAUCAGUGUCAGCCUACAUCUGCCAGUGUAGCUGAGAAUUUUUUUUUUUAAUUAAUUUCUAAAUUUAAAUCUUUCUAUCACUGAAGCCCAGGUCCCACUCAGAUUAUGUAAUAUUUCUGAGGUAAUGUCACUGGAAAUCUUUUUUUUUUUUUUCCCUGCUUCCAGAUUAACUCCCCAGUAUUAAAAGUGAGCUCUGAAGUAGUUCACCAAACCCAUGUUUGUGCACACAUUUGUAUAUACCUUAUGUAGAUAUGCUGUACUUAUUUUGUUAGCACUGAUAAUUACCUAGGCUAUUAGCUGAGUAAAAAACCUGCAAACUAUUUUCUUAUGUAAUAUCUGUAUAGAGCAAUAGUAUUAGAAAAUCAAGGAGUAGACUUAUGGGAAGGCAAGAAAAGAUUCCCUGUUCAUUGGGGACUGCAUAAACUGUCUGUAUUUGUAUACGAGGGCUGUUAAGAAAGUAAUGCCUCCUAUUUUAUUAUACUGGCCCAUGACAUCAGAAGUGGAUGCUGGUGAUACAGCAGUAGAGGGAGAACCUUCCCACCAAUAUUCCAUUACAUUUUGUUGCCAUGUGACAGAUGGCAUCAGAGGGGUAGUCUAACAAAUGGUGUCUGACAUGGAAGUGCCUAUGAAGCAAAGGUGUCACUGAAGUCCUCCAUGGGAAAAAAAAUGGCAUCCAUUGACAUUCAUCAAAACUUGCUGAACAUUUACGGUGACCAAAUAAUGGAUAUGAGCAGACUGAGGCUGUGGAUGGUGUGUUUCAAGAGUGGUGACAGCGAUGUGAAGGGCAAGCCACGUUCUGGAUGGCCAUGCACAAAUGUCAUACCACAAAAUAAAGAGUGUCUUGAUCAAUGCAUCUGUGCAAGUCUGCAGAUUACAACUAGGGAACUGUGUAUGGAGAUGAAUAUCAGCUUCAAUGCAUUGGUAACAAUGGUGGCAAUAUUGGAAUAUCACAAAGUUUGCACCAGGUAAGUCCCACAAAUGGUCAUAUAGGGAAAGAAAGAACACUGUACUCAAAUUUGUCAGGACCAAGGCUGAAGGUGACAGUGUCCUGGAUUGCAUCACUACUGGUGAUGAGAUGUGGUAUCACUAACGUGAGCUGGAGUCAAAGCCGCAGUCCAUGGAGCAGUGGCAUAUAAAUUCCUGAUCAAAGAGUAAGUUUAAAACACAGCCUUCAGCAGGUAAAGUGACAUGCACUGUCUUUUGGGAUGAUCCUUCUGGACUUCUUGGAACCCAGAUAAACUAUCAACCCUGACCACUACAUAAGGACUGAAGGCUCAAACUUCCAGGGUCAGGCCAGAGAAGAAGAUAACUUUUCUCUUGAAAUACAAUGAUGCCAGGCCCCAUGAUAGUUUGGCAGUGUGCUCCACAAUCUUCAAUCUUGGAUGGACUGUCCUACCACAUCCACUGUAUAGUCCAGAUUUGGUGCCUUCUGACUUCUGUCUUUUCAGGCUGAUGAAAGAUGGA